AUGGCAGAUUAUGACAGAAAUGUUGAGGAAGAGACAUCAAGAACAGGAUCGGACUUAAUAAUAAUUAACAUCAUGUUAGAUGUGGUUAAAUAUGAAGAAUAUUAUUUAUUUCAGGUUCAAAUAGAUGUAAAUCAUGCUAAUUGUGAAGUGACUGUUUACUCAACAUCAAUGUUCAUCCUAAAAGACUCAUGCGACAUCAUACGGUUUUUCCUGCGAGAUAACCAAAUGAAAACGGUAACACUACGCUAUGAUGAGCCUGUACUUGCUUUUAUUAUGAAACACAAACGAAUAUUAAAAAUAAUUUGUCAAAGCCUUUCGCAAUAUUGCCUUGAUAUAUCAACUGUUGACAAUACAAAUAUCCGCUUGAGAGGCAUCAGUUUUGGUGUUGGACGGGCCAUGCAAAUGGUGAACAGCUUAGCGUCAAAGUAUGCUAAAUCAACUGAUGAGGAUCAGCUUGAUUCUGAUUGCGAUACGGAUGAAGACGAGGAAGAAAGAUUCACAGAGGACGCUGAUGAGGCACAAGCAGUAGAUGCGUCUAAUGUAACUGUUCAGAUUAAUCUUGCGCUUGAAGAUGAUACGGAAGCAGCUGUUAGUGCGUUAUGUUUUCCAGGCAAUGAAAGGCUGUUAUAUGUAGUAGCAGGAAAUAUGAUUGAAUUACCUGCUGUCGAGGCUCUGAUCAAUGCCGCUGAUAAGACGUUAAAACACAAUGGGGGACUUGCAAAAGCUCUAGUUUUGAAAGGUGGACGCUCUAUUCAAGAGGAAUGCACAUUUCACGUUCAGAAUAAUGGAAAUGUUGAGAUAGGACAAGUGUUCUGCUCAGAUGCAGGAACACUGCGGAGUUCGGUUAUAAUGCACGCAGUUGGUCCAAAGUGGAUUGAUGGCAACCACGAGGAAAAGGAUAAACUGUUUGAAUGUGUAACAAAUUGUUUAAGAAGUGCUUCCAAACGCAAGAUUGCAUCGGUUGCAUUUCCAGCUAUAAGUGCUGGAACGUACAGAUUUCCGAUUAAGGAGGCAACCCUCACUAUCAUGAAAGCUGUCAAAGAUUUUUUACAACAGGAACCACGCUGUAGUAUUCGAGAAAUUUAUUUUUGCGACAGAGACAUGGACACAGCAAGUGAAUUUGUAGUGUCAAUGAAAGGUACCUUCCAUGGUGAUGAUAUUAUUCUAUCUGCUGAAAGUGUUGAAACUGGAAGAAAUGAUAAACGCCAAAUUUUGUUUUUCUAA